GAAGGCAGUCUGCCACAAGCUUGGUUUAAGCACAGAGCCCUAAUAAAACUCACUGAGGACACACAGAGAACUGCAGUACAGAGAGGAUUUUGGAGAAGAGCUCUGAUUCACACAGCUGGCUGAGAAGUACUUUAUGCUUUGCAAGGAAUUAGAAGAUUGAAUAUCAAGCCUAUUGAUACCAUUUUCUAUCUAGUUUUAAUUCUCAAUGUUUGGUAUUUGGCUUUUUAUUCAAAGCAUUAAGGAUGAAAAGACACUAAAAGCUUAAGUUUUUUGUUUUUGUUAUUGUUGUUGGCCAGGAUUUAUUAUCCCUGAAAUUAAAGGAAGAAAGGGGGGAAAAAAGAAAAUUUUCAUUCAUAAAAAAAAGUCUUUCAAAAAAUGUUCUGGAAUAUGCUAACUAUCCAUUUACUUUCAACUGUCUUCCUGGGGGCUCUGAUGGCAGGUGUCAGUGCUCAGCGGCAUGGUACAGAUAGUAAUGGCAGGCGAUAUAACCGCAUCCAGCAUGGACAAUGCUCUUAUACCUUUAUCUUGCCUGAAAAUGAAGGCAACUGCAAAGAGGGAACAACAGACCAAUACAACACCAAUGCCCUUCAGAGGGAUGCUCCACUGGUGGACCAGGAGUUUUCUACACAGAAAAUACAACACCUGGAACAUAUCAUGGAGAAUUACACGCAGUGGCUUCAAAAGAUUGAAAACUACAUUCAGGAGAACAUGAAGACUGAGAUGGCUCAGAUUCAGCAGAACGCUGUCCAAAACCACACGGCCACCAUGCUGGAGAUAGGCACCAGUUUGCUGAGUCAGACAGCAGAGCAGACACGGAAACUUACAGAUGUUGAAACUCAGGUUUUAAACCAAACAUCUAGACUUGAAAUCCAGCUGCUGGAGAAUUCAUUGUCUACAAACAAACUGGAGAAGCAGCUGCUGGUACAGACCAAUGAAAUUACCAAACUUCAUGAGAAAAACAGCUUCAUGGAGAAUAAAAUCAUUGGGAUGGAGGAUAGGCACAAGGAGGAGCUGGAGACUUUGAGGGAUGAGAAAGAGAGUCUCCAUAACCUGGUGGGACGACAAAGUAACAUUAUCCAGGAGCUUGAAAAGCAGUUGAACAAGGCCACUAGCAACAACAGCAUUCUGCAGAAGCAACAGCUAGACCUCAUGGAGAUGGUCCACAGCCUCGUUACCCUCUGCUCCAAAGACGGAGUUGUACCAAACAGUACGAAAAGAGGCGAAGAAGAAAAUAAGUUUAGAGACUGUGCAGAUGUAUACCAUGCUGGUUUUAACAAAAGUGGGGUAUAUAAUAUCAAUAUCAACAACAUGUCAGAGACUAAAAAGGUAUAUUGUAAUAUGGAGGCUGUUGGAGGUGGAUGGACAGUCAUACAACACCGAGAAGAUGGAAGUGUGGACUUCCAAAGGACAUGGAAAGAGUAUAAAAUGGGUUUUGGGAGCCCAUCUAGUGAGCAUUGGCUUGGAAAUGAAUUUGUCUUCCUGCUUACCAGUCAGCGUCAGUAUUCAUUGAGAAUCGAACUGACUGACUGGGAUGGAACUCAAGCAUUCUCUCAAUACGACCGGUUUCAUAUUGGGAAUGAGAAGCACAAUUACAGGUUGUUUCUAAAAAGUCACAGUGGAACUGCAGGGAAACAGAGUAGUCUGGCUAUACAUGGUGCAGAUUUCAGCACUAGAGAUGCUGACAAUGACAACUGUAUCUGCAAGUGUGCUCUGAUGCUAACUGGAGGUUGGUGGUUUGAUGCCUGUGGACCUUCUAACCUAAACGGGAUGUAUUACAAAUCAGGACAGAACCUUGGAAAACUAAAUGGUAUAAAAUGGCAUUACUUCAAAGGCCCCAGCUAUUCCCUGCGUGCUACAGCCAUGAUGAUUCGACCUUUGGACUUCUAAAUAAAACUUGACAUUAACGCUGUUGACACAACUGGCAUCUGAAGAAAGGACUUUGUAAGAAAUCUUCACUGUAAUGACCAAGGAGUCUGAAACUGAUACUUCCUUGUACUGUAAUGGUGCUAGCAGAUUGAUGGCACUGUAGGACUGAGUCAGCAAAUUUUUGGGCUGUACACUUCAGCUGAAUUUGGCUGUGAAACUGUUGACUGGUGUGGUCAUGGUUAUAAACUUGUGGGUGAAAAUGAGAUACUGUCAAUCAGACGUUACAAGGUGAAUAUUGUCAAAAUCGCUGUGUCCUGUCCCACAUGACUGGCAGAGAUAUAACUAAAAUAUAACAUGGCUAAAAAAAAAAACUAUACAUAUGUAUAGUCUCAAACUAUACAUAAUAAAAAAAGUAAAUGAAUAUUUUGUGAACAUAUAAUUGAUUUUGUAUUAGGAAAAGGCAUUUGUAAUUUCAAAAACAGUGACAAUUAUUUGUUUAUAGCAUGUUCACCAAAAUGUUAGUAUGUGUAUAUUUAAAUUGAGUUGGCUAGGGAACUUAAGGUAAUUUUCGCCAAACAAAAUUCUGCAUUAAUGGCACUGCUUUUUACCUUGGCUUACUACUUAAUGUUCAAAGGUCUCUUUUUUUUAUAGUCAAAAUAUAUUGUGUCAUUUCUAUUACAUAUUUGUGAUCCAUUUUUCAAGUGAUGCAGCUGAACAAAAGCAUGUUACAGUAUUUACUGCCGACUUAUUUAUCUGGGUUUGAGUUGAGAAAAUAGUUUUCAGCUCUUUGUAAUAAACCACCCGAGAUAAACAGGUACCAGAAUAUUGUUUUGUUUUUAUUUGCCAAUCCUAAUUUCGCAAUUCAUAACAUGUUAAUGCUGUUUCACUGCUUCAUUCUGGUUAGUACAUUUCCACGACUAUCACUUUGCUUUCCAGAAACGGAGCCCCUGUGAGUUUAUUAGAGUAAUACUUAGACAUGUUAAUGUAAUAAGUGUUAUCAUAACACUGUAUUUAUACAAUCUAAUUUACUGUCCUGGUCCGCAUUAUACUUCUCCGAUCACAUAAUAGCUGAGCUGAUCUGAUUUGUUUUGGAUGUUUGGAGUGAUGUGACUCAGUGGUCAAGCAAAGCCACAGUGACGUCUCUCUAAAAAUCUAAAAUAAUCGGAUGCGCAAGACAACUUAGAAGUGCUGUCAACUUCACUGAGUCACUGGGAUUUUCAAAGCAAUUCAAAGUUCAAAGCACUUUCCAAAGUCAUGAGAAAUAUUUGAGCAAGAACUACUCAGACCAAUUGCAAAUAUCAUAUUUUUAAAAAAAGUAGAAAGUAAAAAAAAACAACAACAAAAAACUGAAUAUGUCAUUUGAAGCGACUUGCUUUUUAAACACAAUGGAGGGGAUUUUCAAAAGGUCCUGAAUGAUAACUGUAGUGCUAAUCAACAAAUCGUUAUGUAGCAUUGAUUUUGGUAUUUUCAAGCGGUCGUUAUGUCAAUUUCGUUGUUAAAUAAUCAUGCUAACGUGAUUUAUGAAAUUAUGUUGAUUUACGAAAUAAUGUUUAUAUCUUAACAAGCAGUGCUUCUUGCGACUAUUUCUUUUGUUUGCGUGGGAAUUUAAAAGCAAAUCCAUGUCAUAAUUUAUCAGGAAUUAAUUUGCACUUGGAAAAGGAGGGUUUUAAUUAACAAAAAAGUAUAUAACUCACCUCGAAACAGUAUUUAAGUUCUUUGGUGUUAAAAAAAAAUAGAAUAUACAAACUACAGUAUGACUUUACUGGGAGGGGCAGCAGUAGCAGUAAAUGUAAUUUUAGAGCUUGAGUGCGAGCCUGAGAUUGACAGACCCUGGGUGCGACGCCGACAAUAGAGAGAGGGGGUGUACAGGACUAGGGUUAAUUCCUUAGAUUUACCAGAUGACGAUCUAAAAACUGGAUUUCGUCUGGAUAGGGCAGCUAUUGUCGACCUCUGUCAGACUCUGCAGGAGGACCCUGAAUUGCCUACGAGAAGGGGCAGUGCUGUACCCCCACAUAUGAAGGUGUCAGCAGCAUUGUCCUUCUAUGAUUCUGGGUCAUUUCAAAGGGCCAAGGGUGACUUGAUAAAGAGGGUUAAUGAUUAUAUCAGUAUCCCACUUAAUCAGGAGCAGCUACAAAAUAUUAAAAGAAAGUUGUAUGACAUUGCUGGAUUUCCCAGAGUAAUAGGAGCCAUCGAUUGCACACACGUUGCACUCAAAUCACCGCAGCACCUUGCAUCCCAUACAUCUGGAACAUAUGUGCAGAUUUCCCUGGCUCCUGUCCUUACUUACAUUUUGACACAAUCCGCUGUGUUUAAUCAUUUCAGAGACCUAAUACACCAGAUGGCAUAUUAAUAGGGCAAUAUUGUAAGACUACCUAGAUAAUUCAAUAUAUGUAGUUAUGAACAUAUUUUAGCCUUUUAUAUACUUGUGGGUGUGAAUGAGGUGUAUUCACUUGUUUUAACCAUUUGUAACCUUACAGAACGUUUGUUGUAUUGCUAAAAUGAUAUACCGUUAUUAUUUGCACUGUAGCGUCAGAGUGGAUCAUAAUAUCAUUCUGUGUGUGAAAGUAACAGAAUUGAAAUAUACAGAGGGGGAAUCUUAAACCAUUCUCUGUGUCUUCUUGGUUUCUGGUCACAAACUCUCCCACUGACAAAUUAAUGCUUUUAGAAAGAGUCAUAAACUAACUGCUGAACAAAUGGCUUAUCUUCACGAUCACUGAAUGACUCUUUCGGCGCUGCAAGCCAGACAGUUUCGGGUACUUUGGCAUAUAGGACAGAAAACAGUCCAUCUCAUAAAUCCAGCCGACAGGGGACAGAAUAGCGGACCAAUGGAGAACAAGGGGUUGCAUCGGAACAAGAACAACCAUUGAGAAAUACUCCAAACUAUCCAAUCACAGGGGUAAUCUUACAAAUGCUUGAGUGCGACAUUCAAACAGCACUAAAAUCCUAAAAGUAGUUGUAAUCAAAUCUCUAACUUAACCCCAAUUGAUCACUGGAGAAAGAGUUGGAUGAACAUUUGAAGUCAACAUAAAUUGAAAUAUAUAAAUAUUUCAAUUUAUUGAGCUAGCAGUGCCUGAGUUUGCAUUGAAAUAUCCCAGACAUAACCGGACAAAGAGUGCACAUAUUGGUGGAGGAAUUGCUGUUUCAGUGGAAUAGUUGGUUAGUUAAUGACUGGUUCUUUGCAAAGACAUUUCUUUCGUACCCUGAAGUGGAGACGAAACAUGAGGAAGGCAGACCCCGGAACCUGGACCUGUCCUUGCCAGCAGGAGAGCCUUCGAGCGCCUGUAUUGUUGAAGACACAAAUCCGUUGGAGUAGGCAGUGAACAUCUGUUAAGUAUUCAAUGAGUAGUGUUUUAAUCCUCUUAUAAACUCGAGAAUAAGCAGACCUUAAACUAAAAUUAAUGUUUUGUUUUAAGUGGAAUGUAAGAAUAUAUUAUUGCUUUCAAUUCAUGCUUUGAGUUAAUGAACACUAUUGUAUUAGUUUGUAUGUGAUUUAUACAAAUUCAUGUGGGAUUCAUAAGGCAAUUAUCAUUCUGUGUUUAAGGCUAGAAUCCAAAUUUAGCUGUCUUGAUAAUAGGUAAUUCUCAAUAGGUUGUCUGGACGCAAAGAGCGUCUUUAUCUCGCAAGAGUGAGAAUUGCUUUCUGAACCAAAACUAUAUAUACGAAACUGAUUUAACGAUGCUUUGAUAUCAUAUAUUAACAAACGGAAAUAUUUGUGUUACUAACGAUACCCCUGUUAAGACUAAGUCUUAAAUAGCUGUCAGGAAUGCAGUUGUAACCUUUAAGGGAAUCGCCCAUAGAUUGCGUUGGAUUGCUGAUCAACCAGCGGGAGUGGGGUGUCGUUGUUUAUGUUUCCUUUUCUGUACUGUUUAGUUUAGUUCAUUCUUCCUUUCUGUAUUAUCUUAGUUUAGUUGUUGCACCUUUAAUUUUUCCUUUAUUUAGUUUUAUUUCUAAUAAAACUGUUCCUUUGUAUUCGCUAGAAA